AUGAAGAAAAAAAAAAUAAUUUUUUUUACAAAAAAUCGUUUUGUUAGUGUAUUAAAACGUCCUGAUCGAGCUGAUUAUGCUUUAUCCAUGAAAGCUUGUGCACAUUUAUGUCGUUCUUCAUCAUUGUCAAAAUUAGAUAUCAGUAAUCCAUGUUUAUCAACAAAUAAAUUUGAUUUAGAUUAUUGGUUAAAACAAGUUGAUUUACUUGAAGGAAAAGAAAUUGAACAUAAUCGUGGUGGUCUAUCACCUUAUCUUUAA